AUGAGAUUCAAUAUGGAUAACGGACCCAAGAAGGUGAAGUUAGAGAGAGAGACCCAAAAUGCAAAAGGUGAAGUUGAAAGCUAUUAUUCAUCAAAAGGAAAAGGGCAGGAGAUAAAGAAUGCGCAGUUAAUUCACCAAGAUUCACAAAACAUCCCUAAGACCAGCGGCGGUGUCCUCACCGCAGCAGCCGCCGGUGUGGCCUUAACCCUGGAAUCUGCAAAAGAAGCAAUAUCUCAAAAGCAUUAAAUAGGCUACGUCUUCAAUAUCUGGCCAUGGACUUUGGAAAGGCUUUGAUUUGUUAUCCACCAACGUCUUUAGUUAUGUUACUCGAGCUUACUGUCGAAUUAAGGUACGUGUUCAAUAUGUAUCUUUUUUUUUUAAGGUUUUCUUGGAAAUUUUAUCCUUGAAACCCUUGUUUUAAGAAAAAAGAUUGGAGAAACAAUGGGCGAAAACAUUUAACUAAAAUUUCAUUAUCCAUUA